AUGUCCAUAAUGAGUGGAGAAAGCAGCAUACGGUCCUUCAUGGAAGGAAACAAGAAGAACCGUCUUUAUCAAGUCGAUGACUCGAUGACAAUCUCAUUCACACCUAUCCGUCCGAAUUUCAACAUCUGGACUAGGCCUGAAGAUCCGGAGAUGCAACUCAUCUGCCAUUGGCUUCGACUUGACGAUCAAAAUCUUACACUGUGCCUCAAGUCGUCAGUGGCAUAUUCUGAACACUGUGAGUCCAACAAUUUUCAGAACGAUAUCGUUCGUCGCGCUAUCGAACUGGCCAUGAAGACGCGGUCCAGAGGGAUAUACAUCUCUACGAUGUCCGUCCUCCUUCCUUGUGGUAUCGACGCUGCUUGCAUUCCCCCAGAUGAAGCCCUCUCGGUCCACUAUACGCCUCCUCCAGAUACGCCUAGUCCUCCAAUUUUUCCGCUUUCAGCAAUGAAAAUGAUGCACAUACCUGGUCUCGGUGGUGCUGUGAGUGUCAUGGAGGUUGAUAAGUCCCAGUUAGUCUAUAAGCAAUUGGUUCUUGCAUCAGAGUGUGAGAAAGACAUCGAACUCGAGCGUCUCCGGCGCGACACCCUCCAAUCUGAGCUGGACGUUUACAUCCGCCUCCAUGGAUCGCCCUAUGUUCUCCCCAUCGUUGGCCUGGUCGGAAGAGUCCGACACUUUAUUGUUUGCGAUGAUCCAUACGUCAAAGAUGUUCUCGUAAUUGACGGAUUUCUCAUUCCCUUCGUUGGGAUGUUCUCCCCGUGGUGUCUUGGAUUUCGUGCCGAGUGGACCAUGCCAGAGAAAGAGUUUCUAGCUCUCACGCUCAUGGGUGCCAUGCUUGACUUUGAGCAGCAUGGAGUCUAUACAACAGACUUAAAGUGCCCAAAUAUCCUCCUCACAACAGUGGGCUUGAAGAUCAUUGACUCGGAUCUGCAGACGCACACGCCGGGAUUUUCCAGAUGGGGCGUCGAGGGCGGUAACGCGGUUCAGGCUUUGUAUAACAUGUCCCAGUCAAGGAACUUUCUUGUCUGGUACAACAUACACAAUCCACUGUGA